UUUGGAGGCAAAAAAUUUCGGUUCUCACUCUCUACAAACUUUUGCCGAUUUGAUCAGUAAUGGCGGACGAAGUUAUCGUCAAUUCUCGUCAUCACUUAACCGCAGAUAAAGCUCUGCAACAGGUCCCCAAAGAUGGAAAAAAAGUUGAAGUACCUCAAAGUUUAAUCAAACGGCUUAGCUGUAUCUUCUCAGAAGGAGUUCCAUUUGCAGCGCCUAUAUCCACAUUAAGGGCAAAUGAAAUUCACUUGGUUAGGGGUGUCCUGCAAAUGCUACAGGGGUUUUGCAGUUCUCUAUUUUACUGGAAUGACAAAGGGAAAUAUUUCCAUUUCAAAAGUGGGAUCUACCUAAUUCAUCUUUCCCAAGCAAGUCUUAGUGAAAUUCUCAAUCAAUUUGUAUACGCUGCAACAUGUCUACAGUUGGUUGAGAUUUUCAUUAAGAAGGUGCAGAUGUCUUCUUCGAGAUCAUCUCCUACUUUAAAAGCAUUUGCAAAUUCUGUCUCAGCAUGGCUCAAGAGGUUUCGAGAUCUUGCUCUAGAGGAGGAAAUGAAGGUGAUGAGCUCUACUGCUAGGACCACUCCAUCACUUUUAGGACUGUCAAAUGCUUUAUCAAGUGUGUGUUCUGGAGCCGAAUAUCUUUGGCAUACUGUGCAAGGAGCUAUUCCUAGUUUUUCUUUGGACUUUGAGUCAUUCGUUCCAGCCGGUGAAAUGGCUGUUCAUAUCCUCGAUCAUCUAUACGUGAAGUUAAAUGAAGUUUGUCUUGUGCAAGGUGGCGAGGAGGAAGCGUACCAUAUGCUACUAUACUUACUUGUAGGAAGCGUAUUACCGUAUAUUGAAGGACUUGAUUCUUGGCUCUAUGAUGGAACUCUUGAUGAUCCAUUUGAGGAGCUGUUCUUUUAUGCCAACAAUGCAAUUGCUAUCGAUCAUAUAAAUCAAGCCGAGUUCUGGGAGAAGAGCUACCUGUUGAGGUCUCGGUGCAGACAUUCUGGUACUGGGUUAUCUGGAACAGCAAUUGGCAAUGAUGGCGAAUCAAUGGUGAAUUAUAAUAAGAGAAUAUCGGAUAGGGAACCUAACCUUACAAAGAAAAACAAAACCACCACGGACCUUGAAGUGUGCCCUCUUUUUGUAAAGGAUAUAGCGAAAGCCAUUGUAUCUGCUGGAAAAUCGUUACAACUGAUUCGGCAUACUACCAGAGAGUAUGGUUUGCCAUUGGGUAGUUCUGAUACUGAAGAUGUUUUUGAAAGGCCUGAAGUUGGUACCGACACACGUGAGACGCAUGCAGGGACAAACAUAGCGGGGUUAACUUUAUCAGAGAUAUUCUUUGUGUCAUUGGUGGGUCUUGUAGGAGAUGGUAGUCAUGUCUCUAAGACUUUUGGGCAGGAUGACCCAAAGAAACAUAAUAUAGCACAAACAUUAGAGUCAUACAUGGACAAGAAGAAGUUUCCUGAGGAGAAUGGUGACAUUGAGGCAGUCUCUAUGUUUUCAGAUAAAAUUUGGUGUAAAUUUUUAAUUGAUGCAAUGUUACAGAAAGAAAUGAUUAAUUCAGAUUCUUCCAAGGAUUCUGACUGCUUUCAGGGAGGUAAUGAAGUGGAAAUAGGUGGGGAAUUUAUAGGUCGGCCCCUUUCCAUAUUAUAUUGUCCUGAAAAUCCUGUCAUUACCGUUUGUCGGGCAUUUCUCAAUAACAACAAAGAAUAUUGGGGUGAACUGGAUGUUUCUAGAAAUUACCACCUCCCUCCCUUGAAUGAUGGGAGCUUUCGGGAUGCUAUAUUUGGUGGAAUCGAUGGGGUACCUUCUGCAAUGAAGGAGACAGACUUUAUGUUUGGUUAUCCAUUUGGUGAAUCUGAGCAUCAACGUUCAGAAGAUGACAUAAGAACUUUAGGAGUCUUAUAUCCGUUUCCGACACUUCUUCCUCCUUUUCAGGAAGAUCCCUAUAUUUCAGAGCUUUUGCCUUUUCAAAGAAAUAGCACCCUUUCAUCAAGAAUUCUUAACUGGUUUCAAAAGGCCAAGCUUAAGGAUACACCACUUCCUGUAGUUAUUAUGCAGGAAUGCCUUAUUGUUUAUAUCAAGAAACAGGUGGAUUAUGUUGGCAAGCAUAUCUUGCUCCAACUGAUGAAUGGUUGGAGAUUGAUGGAUGAACUCGGAGUAUUACGUGCUAUAUUCUUACUUGGAUCAGGUGAUCUUUUGCAACAAUUCCUUAUCGUGCUUUUCGAUAAGCUAGACAAGGGGGAAUCUUGGGAUGACGAGUUUGAGUUGAAUGGCGUUCUACAGGAAUCCAUCAGAAACUCUGCUGAUGGCAUGCUGUUAAGUGCUCCGGAUUCUUUGGUUUUGUCGAUCACAAAGCAAGAUGCUGCUGAUGGCGAUGACAAAAAUACCAAUUUCAGCCAUGCCUCUAAUAAUCUCAAGGGCCGCAACCAAUUCUUUGGAAUUGAUGCCCUUGAUAUGCUUAGUUUCAGUUAUAAGGUUUCUUGGCCGCUUGAACUUAUUGCCAACUCGGAGGCAAUUAAGAAGUAUAACCAGGUAAUGGGUUUCUUGUUGAAGGUUAAACGGGCAAAGUUUGUUCUUGACAAAGCUCGGAGGUGGAUGUGGAAGGGUAGAGGGACUUCAACAGUCAAUCGUAAACAUCACUGGUUAGUGGAGCAAAAGCUGCUCCAUUUUGUUGAUGCCUUUCAUCAGUAUGUGAUGGACAGGGUUUUUCAUAGUGCCUGGAUUGAACUUUGUGAAGGUAUGGCAUCUGCUGGCUCCCUUGAUGAAGUCAUAGAAGUGCAUGAAGCGUACCUGUUGUCUAUUCAACGACAGUGCUUUGUGGUCCCAGAUAAGCUAUGGAUGUUGAUUGCUAAUCGGAUCAAGAGCAUCCUCAGAUUAGCCCUUGAGUUUUAUUCCGUACAGCAAACACUAAGUAGUGGUGGGACAGCACUUGCUAUCAAGGCACGAUGCGAAAUGGAGGUGGAUAGAAUUGAAAAGCAGUUCGAUGAUUGCAUUGCCUUUCUACUCAGAGUACUAUCCUACAAGCUCAAUGUUGGACACUUUCCUCAUCUGGCGGAUUUAGUUACUAGAAUUAACUAUAACUAUUUCUACAUGUCAGAUAGUGGGAGCAUGCUCACUGUCCCCGGCUCUGAAACUUCUGGUUCUAGACUUGGGAAGGGAUUUCCGGUCAGACCUACUUGAUUGAGAAACAAAACGCAUGUACGAAUAACCAUAGGUGCCUUUACAUGGCAAUUGUUAGUACACCUCCUCCCCUCAAGAUCUUCCCUGUAUUGUGUUUGUGUAUAUAAAGCUAAGAUUGUAUGUUUCUUUGCAGUGCAAAAGGGAGAGGAAGUUCUUUGUAAGUUUGUACAUGCAAGAAGAAAAAGAAUGUGAUUCUUAUUGUAGCUAUGUUUUCUUUGUACACUAUAUCUUUCGGUUAUCUAAUUGCAUUGAGUGAAAAUUGGUGGCUCCA